AUGCGCUGCUUGGGUGAUACUUUAUCAGAGUUCAUGGUGGUGGGAAAGGUAAUGAGGAGUCUCGGGCCCAAGUUCAACCAUAUGGUGGUGGUGAUAGAGGAGUCAAAGGACUUGACAAAGCUCAGCCUGGAUGAGUUGAGCUGCUCGUUGCAAGAACACGAGUCUCGGCUUCAAACUCAAGUUGAUGAUGCUGACGAAAAGGUUCUCCAUGUUCGAGGGAAAGGUUUGGUUUCAAGGAGAGUGGUGAAGCUCCUUUCAGAGGGCGUGGAUCUCAUUGGCCUCGAGGACGAGGUCGCGGUAGAGGAAGGAUACCGAAUGACCAACAAACGGGAGAACACUCUGGUUAUAAAAACAAUAUACAAAAAUGCUGAGAAAAUGGAGAAGCCGGUGACUUUUGUUGCAGAAGAGCAAGAGGAGAGCAACUUGUUUAUGGUGCAGUUUGCAUGCAAGGAUAGUGAUGAUGCACAAUGGUUGGUGGACAGUGGAUGUAGUAACCACAUGUCCGGUAACAAAGCUCUCUUCAAGGAUUUGGAUGAGAGUUUCAUGCUUAGUGUUCGACUUGGAGACAACACAGAGAUAACAGCCAAGGGAAAGGGAACGGUGGUCCUGAAUACUCUCCAAGGCAGUGUAAAGCUCCUUCACAAUGUGCAAUAUGUGCCAGGCUUAGCGCAUAACCUACUGAGUGUGGGGCAGCUCUUAUCUAACGGAUACUCAGUACUGUUUGCUGAUGAUGUUUGCACCAUUCUUGACUUAAAAACAGGAGUUAAGUUAAUCACAAUCCCUUGA